CAGAGCCACCGCUCCACUCAACUGUCCCUGCCGCUUCCACAGCGCCAUCGCCUGACGCCAACGCUGCCGCAGCUGCCACCGCCUGGGCUCCAAGCCACCUGCUGCCUGCUGCCAGAGAAGCAUCAUGGGCUUCUGGAAGUUCUCUCCUUUACUGGUUCUCAGCGUCCUGGCCCUGUACCAGGUGGGCGUCCUCCAGGCAGCACCAUUCAGGUCAGCUUUGGAGAGUCGUCCAGACCCUGUGCGCAAUGAGGAGGAAUUGCGACUCCUACUGGCUGCAGUGCUGAAGGACUAUGUGCAAAUGAAGGCCCGUGAGCUGCAGCAGGAGCAGGAGACUGAGGGCUCCAGAGUCACUGUCCAGAAGAGAUCCUGCAGCUCUGCCACCUGUGUGGCCCACUGGCUGGGAGGCUUGCUGAGCAGAGCUGGAAGUGUGGCAAACACCAACCUGCUGCCUACCAGCAUGGGCUUCAAAGUCUACAAUCGCCGCCGCAGGGAGCUUAGGGCUUAAGCAGUGAAAGGACUCCCAGAAGGAGGUCACCAUGAAGCAAACACUACUUCCUUUAAUUUAUAAUGAAUGCAACUCAUAGGAUAAGGAGCAUGGAACACACAUACAUCUGCAUGCUUAAUAUUAAAAACACUGUCUGAAAUAAACUAAAGCUAAAUAAAUAUAGAAUAAAAUCAU